GAACUCUGCCCGCGAACGCGACUCUUGUGUCGGACUCAAAGAUCCUGUGACGGAUUCAAAGAUCCGGAAGAUGAUGCCGAGAAGCAAGAAGAUUCUACGCAUCGCGAUUCUGGCGCUUCUCCUGAAGGUUGCACUUGCUGAUUGGAAACUUUAUAAAAGCGUUCAUGACAAGAGAUACGCGGCCGGAGAAGAUUCGGUUAGACGUCGAAUCUUCGAACGAAAUGUGGCCAUGAUCAAUGCCCACAAUCUCCUACAUGAUCUCGGCCAGGUCUCCUACCGAAUGGGAUUGUCGCGUUUUACCGACGCGACCCCAGAGGAAAUUCGAUCUCUGACAUGCUUGAAUAUAAGCGACUCCACAUCGACUGGCAAGUCAAAUGGAAACUCAUUCGAUACGAUCGACAUCACCGAACUCUCCGAAGCUGUCGACUGGAGGCAGAACGGGUACGUCACCCCCGUCAAGGACCAAGGAAAAUGCGGAUCUUGUUGGGCCUUCGCAGCCACCGGCGCCGUCGAGGGUCAAUACUUCAAGAAAACCGGACAGCUCGUUUCACUCUCGGAGCAGAAUCUCGUAGACUGUGAUCGAUCUUCGGAUGGCUGUGAGGGUGGUUAUUUCUAUGAGUCCUUCGAGUAUAUCAGGAGCAAUGGAGGAAUCGCCACAGAAUCAUCGUACGGAUACGAGGCCACAGCUGGGAGCUGUCGUUUCACGGCAGAUUCGAUUGGGGCAACCGUGUCCGGGCGCGACUCGGUCGCCUCUGGGGACGAAGAAGCUUUGCUGAAAGCGGUUGCCAGCAUCGGACCCAUCUCUGUCACCAUAGACGUCAUUGACACUUUUCGUCACUACAGCAGUGGUGUAUACUACGACGCCGAAUGUUCAUCUUCAUCGCGGAAUCACGCCGUUCUGGUCGUCGGAUACGGCACUGAGGCGGGCGGAGAUUAUUGGUUAGUCAAGAAUUCUUGGGGCACCUCGUUCGGAGAGCAGGGUUACAUCAAAAUGGCGAGGAACAAAGGCAAUAAUUGUGGCAUUGCCAGCGAAGCCGGUUAUCCCAUAGCUUAG